GAGAUAUCAAGUUUUACUGGUUAACUGGUUGACUCGUACUAGGACAAAGUCAAAGCAAGCCCUGCACAGAUCCCUGGUUUAGGCUGAAACACUCGGAACAGAGGCACCGAAAUAACACUACGCCUGGAGCUAUAGCAUACACAGCGGAAAACUGAAUAAAACUUUGGGACAAUCUUGCAACCAAUCCAGCAAUGCAUUUGUCAGUAAUUUGCAUGGUCGCCAUAUUGUCGACUGUCACACUUGUAAACGGCGACAAGGAGAAAUAUUCAAACUAUUACGCCAACCGGAAACAGCUGCAUAAAGAAAAACCGUCAAGGGGACUCGGGCCUCUACCUCCCCCACUGCCGAAGGAGGAGGAGGACGACGACGAGACUUCCGGAUGUACGUUGAAGGUGGAGUGUAAGAACAAGAAAGGGGAACCAGGAUAUCCUGGUCCGGAAGGACUCCCUGGUCUUUUCGGACCUCGGGGUGUAAAUGGAUAUGAUGGACAAAAAGGCGAAAAGGGGGAACCUGGACUCUCUGGAUUUCCGGUGUCUUUCCUCGCCGCUCUGGAUGCUAAUGAGGGUCCGCUGGAUGGACAGGUGUUAAAGUAUAAACAAGUGCUCAUCAAUCGAGGAUUAGCUUAUGACAAGGAAACUGGUAUAUUCACCGCCCCGUCCCCUGGCGUAUAUGUCUUUCAUAUCGUUGUAGCAGCUAUGGAAGGACAAAAGGCGGCCGUCCAGUUAUUUCAGACUGGUGAUGGGGAUGACCAGUGGGUUGUAACAGUUUGGGCAGAGAGUCUUCCAAGUUGGGGCACGUCAUCGAAUACUAUCUAUCUCCCACUCACCCAGGGACAGCGGGUCUACCUGAUUGCACGGCCUAAUCUGAAUUCCUAUUACUACGCCGGCAGGUAUACAACGUUCAGCGGACAUAAGGUAGCAUCUGAGGUAUAGACGAUACUCUCAUUUACGAUUGAAGAUAAAAGAAUAUUGACAAAUAAACAAAAU